UUUAGCAUAUUAAGUAUUUUAUCUGUCAUUAUUUCUAUCAACUCCUCACCGCGGAGUCGAUACCUAGCAAGUUAUUUUCAUAAUUACCGUAAGACUGUUUUUUUUUUUGCAUUGCUAUCUUACAUUUUUUUUUUUUCGAAUUUGUUAACUAAUAUACACCGACCUAUUAACCGGAAAAUGCAUUAAGGGCGCAGCGUCAGUAAUAAUUAUUCUAGACACCGACUUUGCCGUUUAAAUGCACUAAUCUUUCCUACCUGCGUUCGCUAUUGUAACAAUGAAAAUCACCAUCAAGAUACUUAAUGGACAGGAAUGUUCAUUCGAUGUUCAUAGUGAAAUGACGGUAGCAGAGUUAAAAAAUCAUGUGUUCGAAGCGCUGAAGGUGCCCGUCAAAGAUCAGAGACUCCUUCUUACUGGACGUCCGUUGUGCGAUGAAAAAACUCUGGUCGAUUAUCCGCAAAUCAAGGACGGCACCAGGAUCAAUCUAAUCGUUAAACAACAGACAAUCGUCAAGGCCGACGAACUAGAAGAUAUGAUUACUAAACACGUACGAGAACAUUACAGCACCGAGGACACGGUGAAGGUGUUGAAAGAGUUCAUGAAAGAAUUUGAUCGUUCGCUCACGCAGUUCAGCUUAGACGAUUACGAACGAAUGGCAAAGUCCCUAUUAACCAACGAUGAACAGCCUCAAAAAAAUCAACAAUAAGUAUACACUAAGCGUAAUUAUUUUGUAAUAUAAUUUAAAAUACAAUUUAAGUAACCUUUUUAUCUAUUUCUAUUAAUAAUAUGUUGUACUAGUAUUAUAUAUUUGACUAUUGUAGCGUCGAUAUAUGUAUUUUUUUUUUUUUUUGUAUAGGCUUUUUCAUUUAUUAUAAUGCUGAAUUUGUUUUUUA